CAUCAGACCCACGGAAACAAAGUUCUGUAGUGUCUGUCAGCACGCUGAGUCUUUUCACUGAAGUUAGACGAAUAUAAUUAUUUUACUCAUAGUCUCUAAUCUUCCAACUGGUGUGGAUUUAAUAUUAUCCGAUACGAUGGAACUCUUUCCUGUGGUCGAGGAGCGAACUUUGCAGAAUUCGAAAUCACUCGGUGAAAAAUACAAUUAUGGUUCACAGCAGUUUGUAAACGAAAUGACCAGUCUUUCUAAUAUUGAAUACCUCUCAGAAACUUUCUUCAUUCCGUUCUUUAUCCCUUGUUCCGGUGGAUUGGACUGUACUUUCUAUUCGGAUCCGCACUUAAGUUAUAAAUUUUUAAUUGACAGCAGCAUAAGAAGUAUUUCAAUUUAAAUUCGAGAGACUUUUUGGUUAUUUUAAUAUUCCUAAGAUUUUGUUUACAUUGAAAAUAAAUUUAUUAAAGUGCAUCCGUCAGUAUCUUGAAUGAAGAGGUGAAUACUAUUAAAGAUUAAGAAAAAUUUUCCUUUUUUACCAUCACAACAAACUUAGACAAAAGGAUUUUUGUAAUUAGAGACGAAUACCCGUUCGAGCGACAUCCACCUUGGUUACUCGUAAUUUCGCCCUCAUCUUAUUCGACCACGCGCACACGAUUGAUACACGAGUAGUUCUCCAGUAGUAUAGAUGUACCGUCGGCGCAGACCGAGACUUCCCCACUCAUCAACUCACCGUCUGCUUAACAGACUCGAUCGGUGGACUUGACCGGUUACCUUGGAUUUCCAGUCAGUGUCGAUACGCUCGUCGUGAAUGACAGAUCUAACGAGAUCCUAAAUUCAAUCCUUAAAUACCAAACAUAGGCUGCGAUAAUUAACCAAUGUAAUUAUAGAAAAAGUACUCGAGCAACUUUCCCAAAACAAUUAAUCAAAAAUGUUACCAUUCAAAGUGAUCAUUCGACUAGUUUUAGAGGAUUUCCAUCCACCCUCUUGAAUCCUCCCCCCCCCCUUCCCCCCAUAAACACGAACACUAUUAAUAUUUAUUUAACUAUCAAGGGAAAUGCUUAAUUAUUAUUACAUGAUAAUGAAGAUUAUCAAAGCAAUUGAUAAUUCAAAGAGCAGUUUUGAUAGAUAACAAUUAUGUUGACUCAAUCCAUGAACUUGAUUAAUUAUUCUUCUUGAUUUAGUGAAGCUCCUUUAAAGUGCAAAGUGAUAAACAUUAUCAAAGUGACACUCGAGUGACUUUGUUUUAAACAAUGGAGUCCAAUCAUUAUGCUACAAACUAUCAGUCCGACUUACGGAAUACAACCGAGUAUUUGACAAACGAGGCAACCCACCUCGGAUCCUCCGAGUCAUCAUCUGCCUACACAACCCGCCGUGAUCCUCUUUAUCUAGUGAUUCCCGUAACAAUAAUCUACCUCUCAAUCUUCUUGACGGGUACAAUAGGCAAUGUAAGCACGUGCAUCGUAAUAACACGCAACAAGUCAAUGCAUACAGCGACCAAUUAUUAUCUGUUUAGCCUCGCCGUGUCAGACCUGUUACUCCUCAUAUCCGGUUUACCUGCCGAGGUUUACCUCGUUUGGUCCAAGUAUCCUUACAUAUUCGGCGAGGGCUUCUGUGUACUGAGAGGUCUUGCUGCUGAAUGUUCAACAAAUGCCAGUGUAUUAACAAUAACAGCAUUCACUGUUGAACGUUAUGUGGCUAUAUGCCAUCCGUUUCUAUCCCAUACAAUGUCAAAACUGUCGAGGGCAAUCAAGUUGAUUCUCGUGAUAUGGCUCAUUGCUCUGUGCUUUGCUAUACCUCAGGCCCUGCAGUUUGGAAUUCUGCAGAUGCCUAAUGAGAGUCCGGACUUCAUCAUCUGUACUCUCAAGAGUGUUUUUAUACAACACUCUUUCGAACUAUCCACUAUACUGUUUUUCAUUAUGCCUAUGAUCAUCAUCACUGUACUCUAUAUUCUUAUUGGACUCAAGCUGAGGAAAACGAAUAUCAUGAAGAAGACGAACAUGCGCUCGCAGAGGGGUGGCCCAGCCAAUAAGAGAUUAAAAGACUGUAGACAUCAUACGGGAAAAUCGUCGAGGAGGGUUCUUAAGAUGCUCGUUGCAGUUGUAAUAGCAUUCUUCAUCUGCUGGGCACCCUUCCAUGUGCAGCGUCUGAUUGCGAUCUAUGGUACAGGCAAAGAUGGCAUUUCCUCAAAAACCAAGUGGUUCGAGGUUCUCUAUUACAUUUUCACGUACAUCUCUGGAGUCCUGUACUACGUUUCCACGACUAUCAAUCCCAUUCUCUACAAUAUUAUGUCACAUAAAUUCCGCCAAGCUUUCAUGGAAACCUUAGGAACAAGCUGCGGUGGCUCAUCAUUUUUCCCCCAUCCGGAGCAGAGAUCCUACUCAAGUCUUUCGAGAUCUCAGCAAAGAGCAGCAGGUAUUUUCGGUUCUCGUAGCAUAGCUUACGGAGUAGCUAUGCCACAGGCAAACUCCGAAUGUACGAGCAAUACAAUGAGAAAAGAAUGUCUUCAACAAACUACUUCUUUACCAGAUCCAUCGGAGAUUACAGCGGCUGUUGAAUCCAGCAAAGCUUCUUGCUCUCUUGGGCUGAGUGAGUACAGCAAUCACCACUCGAGAACAUGCAUUUCAACAACAAAAUUAAAUAGUAAAGACACGAGAAGAAAAAUAACUCCAAAUAGAACAGGUACUUUGGUUUCAACACAAUUAUCAUCUUCUUCGAAGAAUGAAAUUCCUUUGGAGCCGAAUAGUGAUCCCCGCCUCGAUCAUAAUAACCAAAGUACAAUUAGGAAUGAUGAUAAAAAUGAUAACAAUGAUAAGCGGCGUCAGAAAAACUAUGUGGGAAUGAAGAAAACAAGAGAAGAGCGAAGAAAAAAGUGGUGGAGAUUUUUCAAAUGGAUUCCGGGCAAAAAGGUAUUUAAAUUAAACUCCAGAACUGUCAGUUUAACAGAGGGUAUCACUGAUGUUGAGGGUAAACGCGAAGAAUACUCGAUGACAACGUGCUAUGUUACGAAAGAGCACCGAUUUGUUUAAGAGAACCUUUAAGCAUUUGCAGCUUGAGGAUUAUCUACUUUUGUGAACGCUUUGAGAUUCAUGCCGAUGACCUUUACGCAAUUUCCAUUCAUUUAGGAUUAGGGAGAGACAAUAAAUUCAUUGAAGAGGUUGAGUAGCGUUGAAGAAAUUUAAUCCGCUGAUGUUCGAUGAGUUGUGUAGCAUACACAUGAUAAUAAACUAUAUUUCUCUAUCAAAGGAGCAAACUCGAUAAAAAAAAAAGAAAAAUAGUUUAGUUUUACAUGUCUCAAUGACAUUUUCUGAGGGGAAUCCCCAACAUGAAUUUUAUUCUUAUCACCACUUCAUUUUUUAUUGUGCUCAAAAACAAUGGGAAGACGUCUAAAAUAAUCAAGUCGAGUAAAAUCAUGAGUAAAAAUAUUGAAAAAGAAUAUUGGAAUAGUUCUAUUUACCUUUUUGACACAUCUCAACGGCAUUAUUCUCCGAAACUCAGCCUAAAAUGCAACAUUGCGCACUACAGUACAAAACUCAUCAACGAUUCAAAUAAUGCAAUGAAACGUUUCACCUUUAGUCUAUGAAUUUAGAUCACAAAGUAUAAAACAUUGCGCGUAAAAAUAGACUGCAGUACCGUAAGACUUCUCCAUAUAAAUUUGAAAAUGUAUAAGCCCAUAUAAACAGGAGCACAUUCGCUUUUGUUAGCUCAAACUACGAAGAUUGAGUAAAUCUUAAGUGAUGGGAAAACAUAAUUCGAGAGGAGAAAAACCACUCAAAGUAUUGAAUGGUAAUACUGAAUGCAGGUGAGAAUCCAGAAAAGGUGGAAUUUUUUUCAAUAUUUGGAGGGAAUUUAGUAGAAUGCUGAGGUGCAGUCAACUUUUUCAUCCUGUUUCUUAUUUCUGGAUUCUUGAUGAUCUUCUUUGGAAUUUAUGAUGUUUACCUUGUAACACUAUGUUCUCCCUCCUUUUCUCAUAGGCCUGUGCUGGAGACUAAUCUUUGAAGGCCAGUCUGGUUUGCCAAUAUUUGUUAGUAUUCAAGUAGUUUAAAUAACUCGAUGUUCGUAAAGUGCUGUCUGACCGGUUACUAAUUAUUUCCUGAAAUUAUUUACUUCGUCGACUGCGGGGAACCAAGUUUCUUUCAUCGGAAUGAUGUUAACAAGUGCGUUUUAGGUACAUGACAAGGGAUUGGCGAGAAUAAUGAGAAGAGAGUGAGUUGGAAUGAACAGUGUUUUUCUACGUCUGAUGAUGUUUUCUUAUUUAAUGUUUAGUUUAAGACUGCUACCGUUACAAUUAUGGACUGUUACGUAAAAAUUAUACAUCGACUUUUAAGGUAGAAUAAAUAAUAGAAUAUUUUAUUUAAUUUUA